ACAGUCCUGAAUGCCACACAACAAGACAAGGAUGACGCGGCUGCUGAUGGAAUUCAGUUGAUUUUUCCAACGACGUUUCCACGUGAUCGGAGAAAAGCAGAAAUCUCCUGGCUAACAUUUGACCACCAGGCCCGAUAUCCAGGCCUUCCCUCACAUGUAGACUUCAUCGUCGGCCACGUCCACAUCACAAGCCAUGCAGCAAGACGGAUCAAGGAACGCUUUCCUGGCGCCAAACUCAUCCAGGUCACCCACGUCAUGCCAGAAGAAACCAGUCAGUACAAGGGUGAUGAGAAGGUGAUGAGCAUCGGACAGGAAAGUCUCAGCAUUCUGGAUGACCUACGAGAUGCUGAUGUUCUCUUCUCGGUUGGGCCAUUGAUGUAUGACUACUACAGGCAUCAGACGAAUCAGCUAACACUACAACAUCAUGAACUCUUGCCAAAGCCUUCUGACAUCUUCAUCGAUAUGAAACUGAAGCCACCCGCCGACACGGAAACGAAAGUUGUGCUGUCCAUCGGCAGGGUCAAGGGUGUGGAGAGGCUGAAAGGCGUUGAUCUGGCUGCGAAGACCAUGGGCAAGGUGAUCGACAAGCUACCCAACACGAAGUGGCGGCUUCGCGGCUUCAGACGUGAUGAUUUUCAAGCAAGCAGGAGCAUCAUCGAAGCCAACACGGGCAGAUUCCAGUUCGUACCCUUCACACCUCUGGAAUACGGUACACAGGAGGAGCUGUGCGAGGACAUGAGAAAGGCCGAUGUCGUCCUGAUGCCGUCUCGUGCAGAGCCAUUCGGACUGGUUGGUCUGGAGGCCAUUGCCGCAGGGGUGCCAGUCGUGAUUUCCAGCAAAUCUGGUCUUGCAAAGUUCCUGACGAAACAAGAUCCCGAGUUUGACCGCACGAUCGUAGAGAUCGACGAUGACGAUGAGGAAGCCGCCAAAACGCUGUCCAAGCGCAUCAUCAAGAUCCUGAAGGACGGACCCAGAGAGUUCAAGGCCGCACAAAGUUUGAAGAAGAAGCUUCUGGAGUCAGAGUACUGGGCUGAAUCACACAGCAAGCUCCUCCAAACCGUUGGCCUGGAGGGCUGAACGUUUAACCACAGAGUUUCACCCACUGGCAAAUGACACUUGACAGUUCUACUUAAUAUGGCUUCAGAACCUACAGUGCACACGCAUCUGGAGCAACCG